UUGAUAUCUUGUUUUCCACAUUCUUUCCAGCGUUUUUGUUGUGAGACAGUAUAAAAAGCGACCUAAAGUGUUUUCCUAUUAGACUCCGCACACAACCUGCUUCAAGACACGUUUCAAGAGUUUUCAGAACCAAUCCAAGAUGACUUCUUACGAGGAGAAGAAAGCCCUGCCCCCAGCCGAGGUGCUGCCGGGAGGAGUCUUUCCUGAUGACAUCGCCGUCAUCAAGAAAAGGGCCCGUGGAGAAAACGCGAGUCGUCUGAAGAUCGCCAUUGCCGCAGGCAGCGUGAUUCUGGUGAUAUUUGCAGUGGUGGGAGGGACCUUCCUGGGGCUCCACCUCAACCGCAAACCCGAUGUACUGACGCGCUCGGUGAAACUGGCGAUAGAGGAUGAGAUCGUGCAAGAGACAGUGGAAGUGGACAAGGAGAGAGACACCGAGAUUUUCCGCACGGUCAGCUCUACCGGGACAUCCUUCGUCAUCAGAGACAUGAAGACGAGCCUCUCAGCCUACAGGUUUGAUGGGGAUCAGAAGUGCUACAUCCUCUAUGAAAGUCUGGAGGAGGCAGAGGACACUGCGGAGCUGUUGGAGGACCUGGAACAGAUGGAAGAGGGCGAAAUUGACGCCGCCGAGCGCCGAGCAGAGACGUUCCUGACUGUGGACGAGGCCCGUGGGCAGGUGGACCGGGCGGUGCUGAGUGAGAGCAUGGCGGAGUUCUGUGAGGGUCUGCACGCCCACUGGGCCGUCAAGUCUGCCACCGAGCCCACUCCUACUCCAGAGGCCACUACUGAGGAGGAGGAAGAUGACUCAGAGAUGGAGGUGGAGGUUCUCCCUGGAACCAACGGGACAAGUGCCGUGCAGCAUCGUGAGAAACGCUGGCCUAGGUACGUCUGUUACUGGACGACCAGAAACGUCUGCUCCCGUACCUGCAGCAGGGUGUGCGGGAAGCGCCGCCGCAGGGGCCUGGUGGACGACGCGCCGGAACAGGAGGUGAAGACGCGCGCCAAGCGUGGGUGGUUCCGCCGUGCGGUGAGGAGGGUGGUGUCCGCGAUCUGCAGGAAUGUCUGCAGUUGGGGGUGCCGUGUUGUCCGCCACAGGGUUUGCCGCUAUGUCGGCUAGGGUGACCAGGCAUUGCCAACUAAUACACUGGCAACAAACAGGAAAACGUAGUUUUUUCCUGCAGUUUUUUUCCCUAGAAUUUUGGUAUAUAUAAACAGCAAUUGCUUUAGUCCUGCAUUCAGAUGUUAUCUUAGUUUACUAAACGUUACCCACAAGAAUAUGAAGUUCACGAAGAAGCGAGGUGAAGCUUAGAUUCAGUGUAACAAUUAAUGUUGUGUAACAAGCUUUAUGAGAUAAGAUUUCUUAUAUUGCAAUAAUUUCAUUUUGUAGCAGUUACUACACGGAGCCUGCAUUCUUGUAGUCUAGACUGUGUUCAUUAUAUUAGAUAUCUCAUAGCCAUUUUGAGCUUGCAAUUGCUAUAUAUGGUACAGGAGACACGGCUGAGAAAACAUUAACUCUUCAAAUUGUAAGGCUGUGCAUUUUGACAGAGAUUGACAGGCAUUAGCAAUUGUAACGGUCUAACCGAGUAGUUGGCAAUUUUGUGUGUUCUUUUGUUGUUGCUAAUAAAAUGGUAGAAGGCAAA